AACUAUUAUGUUUUCUGAAUUCAGUCAUUUCCAACUGUAAUAAAUUAAUAAUCGCUUAUUGAACGUUUUAUUCUGCUGAACGCAGUCAUUGGUUCUUGCUUUUAGUUCCUCACCGGUCCUAAAUGUAUAAACCAAUCAUAUUAAAGAAUCUUACAACAGUCACAAAACUUUUUUUUCUGCUGAACAUAGCCGUCGUUUAGUUUUCUAUUCUUCCAUAUUUAUCUUAUCCGUAUUGUGCCUCGUUAAAAGUCAGAACAGAAAAAUCAAACUCAAAAAAAGGACGAGGUAUCGUUGUGAUAUUCAUGAUCAUCAUGUUGGACUGAUCGCUUGCGAAGCAAAAGGAUAUCUAACGACGAUUUUUCUGUACGCUAGAAAAGUCGGAGAGCUACAAGAUUCGUUGGACGAGUCAUCAAAUAAUAACUGCAACAUGCCGAAAAUGCCGAUUCGAAAGGCUAAAAGAGUUGGCGUGCUUACCAAAAGGACGCAAUGCUUGAGGAGACAUUACAAGGAACAGUCUUAUAGACCAUUAUAUGAAAAAAUCAAGAACAAUAAUUGUUAUUUGGCCAAGGCACUUUCAGAAGAGAAACAGAACAAUCAAUCAUUAUUUACACAAAAUAUACAGCUAAUUGGAGAAAAACAACAAUUAAAUCUAAUAUGCGAUACACAGAAUACUGUGAUUUCCAAUGUUCUGACUAAUGCAAAAGAAGUAUUGAAAAUGUUAGUCACAAUGACUGGUUAUAUGACAAAUACUAUCUCUAUGUGUCAAGAACUUGUUGCUUCCAAUGCUACUGUUAGGUUGUCAUCUACUACUCUAGCUGGAAACAAAGAGUCAACCAACAGAUUUUCAACAAAAUCGCCAGCUAAAGGUGUGGUGAAACCUAUGGUAGGUGGGCACACUAUUACUAAGCCCACGAUUAAUUUAAGCCGAGUUAAUAUGGAAAAUAUUAAUAUAUCAAGACUAAGUGAUAUACAAGAAGUAGCUACACCUAAUAGAAGUCAAGAGAUUAAUGAUACUAGAUCACCAAUUACCGUUCCUUUAGCCACUACUCCUCUUAGAUACGAAAAUGGUCGCCCGUGCAGACUACCAGAAAGAAUAAGGAUCUCUUCACCCAGAGUUAAUGAAAACGAACAAAGAUUAAGAAGAAAAAGAAGUCAUCAUUCGAAAAGAUUAUCGGUAUCCUUUUCGCGGUCACGAAAUAGAUGGUCCGAUGAAACUCCAACAACUGCGGGACAUAUUACUAUAAUUGGAAGCCAGAUUAACGUUGACAAUCAGGAAAACAAUGAUGCGCCUCAAGAUUUAUCAACUAGAAAUAUCACAGUGCCAGAAUCGCAAUCUACUAAUUCGAAUGAGGAAGAGGAUGAGACGCAUGCAAACACAUCGAAAAAGGAUUCGGAUAUUCAAAUUAAUAACAAGAUCUCUAAUAAAGAUUUUAAUAGGAAUUUAAAUUUAACAGAAAACUCGAGACUGUCGCGGAACAAUACUAGAGUUUGGGAAGAAGAGGAUCCGUUAGAGGGUCCAAGUUGGCUGUUUAACAAUACUAUACCAUCACGGGAUAAUGAGCCAGAAGAACUCGAUCAUGUUAAUGUCUCCGACGCUAACAAUAAUACAUCUCGAAUAAUAAUGUAUGAUGGUUCGAACGUUACAGACAAUAAUAUAGAAGAGAUAUCACAUUUAAAUGAAUCUAUAAACAAUACGCCAACUUCGGGAAGAGGCGUUGCCGAUGACACUGAGUAUAAAUCUUAUCUGCAUGAGGACAUGGAUAGUAAUUUCUGCGAGAUACUUCCGACAGAAUCUAUAUACAAUCAUGAGAGAAAUUUAGAUAAUGCAGAAGACAAUGUAAUGAAAUUUACGAACUUUGUAACGAUGAGACAAGAACAUUCUGAAGCAUUGGAAGACUUUACAUUGUUGUUGCGUCAACCAGCACAAAACACGCAAUUCAAUAUCGACGAAUUACGACUGCCUGUUUUAGAGGACUCCGCGAUAAAUGAUUCCUCAAGAAUCAAGAAUGAAAUUGAUUCCGAAGUAACCGUCACAAUACCAAGGGUUACAAAUAUUCCAGUAGCAUCAGUAUCAAAUCGUAAUUUAAAUCAAUCCGAAUACGAUCAUAUCACAAUAAAACUGCCAUUAAUCGUUAUUAAUGAUCACAAACGAAUGUCAACAUCGCUAGAGAAGAAUCAUUCCAAAAAUAAGAAAUCGAAAACAUCAAAUAUGGAAGAACAAAUGAAAAAUUCUAAAGACUCGGUGACAGUUAACAAUAAAGUGAAGAAAAGAAAUAAAUCGAAGAACAGUCGAGAUCCGAGCACAGCAAAAGUCGUAUUGGAGAAGUUAAAUGAAUCUCAUGUUAAGCCGAAGAUAUUGACACCUAAUGAUACCCAAAAUGCUAAUAAUCUCGAAAAAGAAUCCACGUUCGAGGAAAAAAGUCCACAAAGCAUGGAAAGCAAUGUAUGUGCGAAUCGCCCUAAACGAAGAAAAGCACCAGUAAACUUGACAGAACCUAAAUUGAAUGUGAAACUGAGACGAAACAAGUAAAAAAAGCUGAUACAUAUAAUCAAGGUAUGAUGAAAAGAAUACUACUAGAAGUUAUUUUUUUUUCUAUAUCUAUCAAAUUUUGACAGAUUAAUAUAAAAUUGUAUGAUGUAUAAAUUAUAUGAGUAAUUGUCGAAUUUUAAAAUGAACAGUAUUUGUUAGUUGAUACAUUCGAACAUUUGAAUAGGAAAUUACAGUUAAUACCAUGCUAUCACGAGAUAAUGAGCCAAAAAAAUUCGAUCUUAUUAAUAUCUUCGAAGCUAAUAAUAAUACAUCUCGAGUAAUGUACGAUGAUUCAGGCAUUACAGAUAGCAAUAUAAAAAAGACAGGUUUAAACGAAUCUAUAAACAAUAAGCCAACUUCGGAAAGAGAUGUAGCAUAUGUUGAUACCUAGAAAUUCUAUGUUCUGUUUGAUGUUCACACGUUAUAAGCAUCAUUCUAAUUUUAUUAUUCGUUAUAUGCCAAAGGAAGAUGGAAAUGCUUAUAACGUUUGCUCAAACGGAACAUAGCCUCACAGGGAUUCCUAUACUCCUCCUCUGAUACAUCGUACGUACUGUAAUUGACCUUUAUAUUGCUAUUUUACGCAUCAAUACGUACAAAAAGCGUAUCCAUAUAUCUUCCUUCUACUGAUACAAUAUCAUUCUUUUGUAUUCCGCUAGAAUUAUUUUAAUAAACAUAGCUAUGGGUGUACA